GUGCGCGCGUGUGUAGAACGCAGCCAUUUACAAGUAUUUCUAACUCCAUCGAAUAGCCUACUGUGUCUGAUAUAGACGUCAUCAAAGAAGGCCUUUUAACAGGUGUCCAAACACUGGUUAAUCCCAUCCACAUGACAUGACCCUCGGGUCUGGGAAACAUGACUAAACAGUCGGGAAUUAGCCUUGACGCAGGCAUACACGCGUGCACAAACGGAUCCAACGGACACGCAGUCAAGUGUUGACCGGAAAAAUUGUGUGCCGGAGUAUUUGUGCAAGUUGCUGGGACAGCUACCCUUAGUGUCAUUUAAUCUCUCUCUGUGUGUGUGUGUGACAGUUUCGCACAAGAUCGUCACGACAAGAGAGAGAGAGAAAAUAUAUAUUUACAUGGAAAACUCUGGAGAGUUGCCAUCUCUAUAACGUGGUAUUGUAUAUGACUGCAGUAUUUGACAGGAUAUUGAACUGUGUGAUCAAAGAACUUUCAGUGCACACUGGAACUGCAUUUAGAGCGUUGGAACUGGAUUUAGAGUUUUGGAACUGGAUUUAGAAUUUUGGAACUGGAUUUAGAGCUUUGGAACUGGAUUUAGAAUUUUGGAACUGGAUUUAGAGCUUUGGAACUGGAUUUAGAAUUUUGGAACUGGAAUUAGAGCUUUGGAACUGGAUUUAGAACUUUGGAACUGGAUUUAUAACUUUGGAACUGGAUUUAGAGCUUUGGAACUGAAUUUAGAACUUUGGAACUGGAUUUAGAGUUUUGGUCCUGGAUUUAGAACUUUGGAACUGGAUUUAGAACUUUGGAACUGGAACUUUGGAACUGGAUUUAGAACUUUGGAACUGGAUUUAGAACUUUGGAACUGGAUUUAGAGCUUUGGAACUGGAUUUAGAACUUUGGAACUGGAUUUUGAAUUUUGGAACGCUCGAUUUUUUUAUCUCCAUAAUCCCGAUCAAAUUCAACCCGUGGAUUUAUUUUGCGGAGAGAGAGCUUCGGUCUCACUCAGAUUUCCUUGCUGUCGAAGUUUCUAUUGGACAUUCUUAUCGGAUAUAAUAAUCUUGGAUUCAAACCAUUCUUGUUGUAACUCAUGAUAAGGGUUAAAAUAAUGAUUUAACUUUAACACCCCAUAGGCCUAGGUUAUUUAGGGACAAUUCCAUUUUCUUUUUUUGGAUAAAAACUUGUUGGCAGCCGUUGGAAUUGUAACCCUUUCUGGAGUUUUAAUGUAACGGUUGAGUUGUUUUAUAAUGUUAUCGAAUAUUUCACCAUAUCCCCUUGGUUAGUUUCUCAACCCGAACCCAAUCAUUAGCCUCACAUCUCUGAAUAACGGUUCUGUUAAUAGCUCAAUCUGAUCGCCGAACACUUGCGCACGGUGGUGCAUGUGAGUGCUGGCAGUUGACAUCGUUAACCAACCGGGUCUCGGUUUGUGUAGCCGACAUCUGUUUUGUGGAUCUUCUCCCGGUUCUCUCGCUCCCACCGGGGUGAGAGUUUCUCUUAACCCCAUGAUGUUGCUCCUUUCCCCGGUUCUCCUCCUUCUGUUCCGCGUGGUCUUAUUCGAGGCUUCGCAGGGAAUCAUCCAGGACAGCGGCUACUAUCACCACAAUGACCCGGAAUUCGGACUCACAUUUGCCGGCCAAAGAACGGUGUUCGACUCGACAGACCCAUGCCUGGUGGUGUCACCUCCCUGUAUGAACGAGGCCGACCGAUACAGUCUGGAGGGACUGAGGAACAUCCACAGAGAGAUGGAUGACGACCAGGAUGGAGGGAUAGAGGUGGAGGAGAGCGUGGAGUUCAUCAUCGAAGACAUGAAACAGCAGCCGACCAACAAACACAGCCGUCUUCACAGAGAGGACCAGCACAUCACCAUAGAGGAACUGUGGAGGGGCUGGAAGUUCUCAGAAGUCCAUAACUGGACUCAGGAUGAGGUGUUGAGGUGGCUCAGGGAGUUUGUAGAGCUGCCCCAGUACGAGAAGAACUUUAAAGACUUCAGAGUCAACGGCAACACCCUCCCCAGGAUAGCAGCCAAUGAGCCGUCGUUCCUGAGUGGCCAGCUGAAGAUCGUGGACCAGAGAGACAAACAGAAACUCAACAUCAAGGCUCUGGACGCGGUGCUGUUUGGUGCUCCUAUACGCCCACCCCAUAACUACAUGAAGGACUUGUUGCUGAUAGUUUCUGUGAUGAUGGGUGUAGGAGGCUGCUGGUUCUCUCAGGUCCAGAACAAAGCUUCCAAAGUCCACAUCUCCAAGAUGAUGAAGGACCUGGAGAGUCUACAGAGUGCUGAGCUCAGCCUCAGAGAACUACAGGAACAGCUGGAGCAGGCCCAGGAGGAGAAGCGUAGCGUGGCAGAGGAGAAACAGAACCUGGAGGAGAAGAUGAGGGAUGAGAUCAUGGGAGCCCAGGAGGAGGCGCACAGACUCCAUCGGCUCAGAGCUGGAGCCGUCAGUCAACUGAGUAGACUGAGAUACGCAGAGGAGGAGCUGGAGCAGGUUCGGGGAGCAUUAAAGAAGGCAGAGAAGGACAUGAUGGCGUACUGGUCUGUCCCGGAGGCCCUACAGCUCUGGCUACAGCUGACCCACGAGGUGGAGGUGCAGUACUACAACAUCAAGAAGCACAGCGCUGAGCUGCAGCUCAACACAGCCAAGGAAGAGGCAGAAAAGAUCAAGAAGAAGAGGAGUUCCCUCAUGGGGACAUUCCACGUGGCUCACAGCUCCUCACUGGACGAUGUUGACACCAAGAUCCUGGAGGCCAAGAACGCCCUAUCAGAAGUCACGGCCUGCCUACGGGAGCGUCUCCACCGCUGGCAACAGAUAGAGCGUCUGUGUGGUUUCCCUCUCCUCAGGAACUCUGGCCUGGCCAGCCUGACAGCCACACUGUAUUCAGACUCUAACUGGGUGGCGAUGCCCAGGGUGUCUGUACCCGCCUUCCCUUCCUGUCAUGAAACAAUACAAGGCUCUCUGGAGGAUCUGAUGGAAGACCCCUCAGCAUCCAUCUUAGUUCCACCAAUGAAGCGCUCCCCUCGCUCUCGUGGCUCUACCUCCACCGUGUGUCGUCAACGGCGUUCUGGACACGCCUCCCCUUCCUCUUCCUCAUCCUCCUACUCUGACCCCGAUAUCCUGAUCCCUAUCCACACCACGCUCCCCUGCUUCGAGGAAGAGGAGCAGAUCUUCAUCAACGCCCAGUGGAGGGGAGAUUCUCAGGUAAUUUAUUCUGACAGGACCCCUCCUGUCAGCAGAAGGUCAUCAGAACCUUCCGGAACGGAAUCCCCCGUUUGUAAGAUAUCUAGAGAAGAACUGGAAGCUUCCUUGGAUGAAGCCACAUUGAAGACAUCAUCUAAAGACGAGCCGGACUAUUCUUCUGUGGACAACAGUGCUCCAAGGAAAAUGCAAAGAGUCAAAAGUGAGACUUCCAUGGACCCCCCCGCCGACGCAGCAGCCACAAAGGUCUUGGGUCGUUCGAUAGACAACGUCUCAAGGAAGUCAUUCAGAGACGAGUGUCACGAGGUUCCGUUGGAGACUCACGUCUCAAAGAAGAGGUCUCUUCUAUCUAGAGACGUGAUCGGUGUGUCUCUGGACACCGGCUCCAGGCAGAUGAUGAGAGAGAGCUGGGGAGAAGCCUCAUUCAACAACUCCAUGAGAGGAAGACCCAGAGAAGAAAUGGUGGCGGCCGUUGGAACCCCAACGAGAAGGAUAUCCCGAGAGGAGGUGGACUUCUUAGCCGACGGCGCUCAGAGGAGGAUGGCGAUGGCCAGAGACAAACUGACCCUUCAUCUGGACAGCAACUCUUCUCACAAGAUGCUCAGUAAGAAGAUGGAGUUCCCAGUGGAACCACCAUCUGCCGCCACGAGGAAGAUAUCGAUAGACGAACACCAUGAGAUGUGCUCUCACACUAGCAGACGAACAAACAGCGAUAAGGUUGACAGAUCCAUAGACACUCCCACUGGGAAGAUCUACCCGGACAGGGUCGACAGUACCCCAGAAAUCCCCAAACGGAGGAUAUCCAGGGAGGAGUAUACGGUGUCGUCCCAGGUGGUUCACGAUCCCCAGGUUUUGGAUUGGGGUCAGUUCGGACAACCUGACCUCACCUUGUCCACACCAUGGAAACAAACCCAGACACCUGACCCUUAUACCUCCGACCACCUGACCGAACUGGUGUAUGACGGUAUUCUGGAGAAGUCCUGUAUCACCCCAGCAACGACCCCUGACCUGCCCCAGAGGAUCACGGAAGGAAGAGAGCGAGAAGGGAAUCCUCCUGUGCCGCCCCCGAGGAGCAGCCGGUCCCUAAACACGUUGCCCCCGGAGAUGAGAGGCGAGAGGCACCAAAAGGACAAAGACAAAAGCACGAAGUCGUCCAAACUCAAGAGCCUUUUUAAGAAGAGGAAAGAUCAUACCCCAGAACUGCCACAAGGGGGCCUGAACAAUCUCUGACCGGUAACUGGAAUUUAAACACUUUAAUGUAAAUUCUUUAACCAGGAAGUUUCUUGAGGCUAUGAAACUCUGGAUAAGACCUCAGCCAGGAAAAGCUGAGAGGAAACAUGAACAUUAGUCUUAUAGAUUUGAUUUUUCAAAAAAAACGACACGGACUGUUUGGCUGGGAUUACAUGUUUGAAAGAAAAAAACAUGAGCAAUAGGAUUGCUAAUUUUUUUUCAAAGCCAACAAAGACUGAUUUUUGAAACCCAGAAAAAUAGUGUUCUGGCCGAUAACGCGCAGAUUGCCGGACAACAUGUUAUUUUGGCAGUCAACGGGCAGGUACCAAACUCUUGAGUUGACAUAGCAGUCUCUAAAACGGAUUAAUCUCGUACUAGACUGAAUACUCUGAAAACAGGAACACAGUCGAUGCUAUAGUUUCGGUACUAUUUUGGUACUACAAAGCAGAAUCAAUUAACCAGCUAUCUUUUAAUCAACCGUAGUUAACCAUCUAACUUUGAUAAAUAACCAGAAAUAACUAUUAAUUUUCUGGUUCAUUUAAGAAAAGCUAAACUUAGAUACGUGUGUCUUUGGUUGUUUAGUCAAUUAGACAAUGCCCAUUUCAAGCUUAAAGCUAUUUUCAUAACGUUUAGGCAAGUUAGCUGGCUAACUCAUUGAUCCUGCUUUUAUAGUAUUGUCCUCAGAGGGACAAAGAGGAUGAAGUGUGUAAGAUAACCCAUGGUGCCCAAAUGUUGUCUCUGCAAGGAAGUCUUAAUAAGUAGACCAAUGAUGGGUGUCCCGUUUUCAGCUUCGUUUGGAAGCAGUGUGAUCCCAUACCAUGUUUGAUCGCCUCCUAUGUUCAGCGUUGGGUGUUUAAGAGCUGAGAUAUUUAUUUCUUGACUAGGGAGCAUUUCUUUGGAGCUCUUCUCCUGUACGAUAGAAGCAACUGUAGUUUAUUUGGAUUGGGGGAGUGCUGUUCAGUGGUUCCUUGACUUUUUUCCUCAGUGCAGUCACAGUGCUGUUCAAUGGUUCCUACACCUUGUUCUCAGUGCAGUCACAGAGCUUUGCUUGGGGGGAGAUUUCUAGUAUGUGCACGGUUGCAACAUUUAGGUUUCCCAGGUUUUCCUUGAAUCCUGGUAAGAAGAUUCCCAGAAUCAAGAGGGAAAAUCUGGAAAUUAGUUGAAAAGUGUGUUUACAUUUUUUUUUCACUAGGCAAGUCAGUUAAGAACAAAUUAUUAUUUACAAUGACGGCCUAGGAACAGUGGAUUAACUGCCUUGUUCAGGGGCAGAACGACAGGUUGUUUACCUUGUCAGCUCGGGGAUUUGAUCUAGCAACCUUUCGGUUAGUGUCCCAACACUCUAACCACCAGACCUGUUGCUUUUGGUUUCUUUUGUAACUGAGCUUUUUUUAAACAAAAUGUAUCUAAUUUAAAUUAGCUUGUUUUUUGAGAAUUGUUCUGUUCUUCGUCUUUGUGGAAGUCCAGUUUUUCUUUUCAAGGUGAUUGGUUUACUGGGUUUGAAGGGGGGAUACUUUGGGGGGAUAGUUUCUCAAAACCUUUAUGUAAAAAUGUUUUUUCAUGACAUCUUUUACUUGUUUGGUAAUUAAAUAAAAUGUAUUUUAUUGACUGUUUUACAGUCUUGGGUGUCUAGGAUAGAGUCAACUAUAUCUAAAGAAAGUCUUGGGUGUCUAGGAUAGAGUCAACUAUAUCUAAAGAAAGUCUUGGGUGUCUAGGAUAGAGUCAACUAUAGCUAAAGAAAGUCUUGGGUGUCUAGGAUAGAGUCAACUAUAUCUAAAGAAAGUCUUGGGUGUCUAGGAUAGAGUCAACUAUAUCUAAAGAAAGUCUUGGGUGUCUAGGAUAGAGUCAACUAUAUCUAAAGAAAGUCUUGACCAAGUCAAGGUCCCA